AUUUCUCAGCUCGAGUCGUCACACUUCAAACCCAGAAGCAAAGGCGAGCUCAGGUCGAGGAGCAACAAUGGCGGAAGCUGAGAACAAGCACAGAGGCCACGUGGUGGUGAUGCCGUACCCAGUCCAAGGCCAUCUUAAUCCCAUGAUUCAAUUCGCCAAACGCUUGGCCUCCAAAGGCGUCAGAGCUACCGUCGCCACCACCUCCUACACUGUCUCCUCCAUCUCCGCCGCGUCCCUCGCCGUCGAGCCGAUCUCCGACGGCUUCGAAUUCUGCAGAAUAGCCGAUCCCUCCUUCAGUGUCGAGCUCCACUGCGAGUCCUUCAAGCAGCACGGCUCCGAAACCCUAACCCGCGUGAUCGAGAAAUUCAAAUCCACCGAUUCUCCCGUCGAUUGUCUCGUCUACGACUCGUUCCUUCCAUGGGGACUCGACGUCGCGAGAGGCACUGGAGUUUCGGCGGCGGCGUUCUUCACCAACAACCUCACCGUCUGCUCCGUACUGUCUAGGUUUUCGAGCGGCGAAUUUCCCCUUCCGGUCGACCCAAAUGCGGCGCCGUUUCGGAUCCGCGGGUUGCCGCCGCUUAACGUCGACGAUCUGCCGUCGUUCGUGACUCGGCACCGGCUGAGCCACCCGGCGCACCGGCAGAUGCUUCUGGGUCAGUUCACCAACCAUGAGAAUGCGGAUUGGCUGUUCGUCAAUAGCUUCCAAGGCUUAGAAACACAGGAUGACGAAAGUGGAGACUCGGAGGCAAUCCGGGCAAAGCUGAUCGGACCGAUGAUUCCGUCAGCAUACCUCGACGGCCGGAUCAAGGGCGACAAAGGGUAUGGCGCAAGCUUGUGGAAACCUCUGUCCAAAGAAUGCAUGGAUUGGCUCGAAAGCAAGCCGUCUCAGUCUGUGGCAUUCGUAUCCUUCGGCUCCUUUGCCAACGUCACCGAUAAACAGCUCCGCGAGAUAGCUUUCGGGCUAAAAGAGUCGAACUUUUACAUCCUCUGGGUGAUAAAGGAUGCCCAGAUCGAGAAAUUGCCAGAUGGGUUUGUGGAAUCGGUCAAAGACAGAGCUUUGAUGGUCUCAUGGUGCAACCAGCUGGAGGUUCUGGCUCACGACGCGGUCGGGUGCUUUCUCACGCAUUGCGGGUGGAAUUCGACGCUGGAAGGGCUCAGCCUCGGGGUGCCGAUGGUGGGAAUGCCGCAAUGGAGUGAUCAGCAGUGUGAUGCCAAAUUCAUCGAGCAAGUGUGGAAGGUCGGGUACAGGGCAAAGGAGGAUGUCGAAGGCGUCGUGAAGAGAGAGGAGAUCGUGAGGUGCUUGAAGGGAGUGAUGGAAGGAGAGAGCAGCGUUAAGAUUAGAGAGAGCUCCAUGGAAUGGAAAGAGUUGGCCAAGAAAGCCAUGAGUGAAGGCGGAAGCUCUGAUCUCCGCAUUGAGGAAUUCGUUCGGACUUUGGGUGGGACUGAGAAAUGAACCGUCUGAGAUUUGGUGGUAUUUGUACUGAAUGUUCUCAAGUUUACGAAGAACAGAAUUUACCACCAAUUGUUAAAUUUACCCUAUUCUUCCUAAUCUAUCGACGAAAUUCGACUGAUA